GAACCCCCCUGUACAAGUAUGGUAUUUACCACGAUGGUGGCCGCCAUUUUCGAAGUGACGUGCAUCUGUGUUUUCAAAUGGUUUGAUAUAUUGCUGUAGACAAAAGGGGGAAAUAUCUAGCUAGAAAUGAAGCUUGCAAUAUACAAGGAGAUUCUGAAGCGGCUGCAGGGCAGGGAGCGUGAAGAGUUUUCAGCGAUAGCCCAGCACUACAGGGUUUCCCUACAUACAUUGAUGAGCAUCUAUUCUCAAGACUAUCAGAAGAAAAUGAAGAAAACCCACCAGAGACAUCACUCUGUAGAAGCUGUUGAUGACUAUUUCCAAAGGUAUCAAGCAAGGAUUUCACCAGAAACCAUGGGCACUGUUCUUUUGAGAAUAGCAAAAGAGGUUGACCUGGCUCCUUCCCUGCUAGCAAAGAUCAUCCUAGAGCACCACCUAGCUCUGCAGUCUGCAGAGUCAGAACCACCCAGCAGAUCCUAUGUGAACCAGCUGCUGAAGGAUCCCUGCCAGAUCUCAGAUCCCGUCCUCGCUAACGAAGUACAACAGUGUAUCCUGAAUGACUGUGUAUAUGGACCUGUGGUGGACAGCAUAAGACACUCGGUAGGAUUUGAGUACGAGAACAAGCUGAAGAGGACUUUAGAAGAAAAGGGCAUCACCUUCAUAGGUGAAGACGUGAUGCGAGCCAAGGGCUACGACAAGACCCCCGACUUCAAACUGGAGGUGCCUAUAGCUGUGGAUGGCCAUGUGGUGAACUGGGUGGAGAGUAAGGCAUCCUUUGGAGAUGAGUUAAGUCACAGGACCUACCUGAGGGACCAGUUCUGGAGCUACUGGAACAGGUUUGGGCCGGGCAUGGUGAUCUACUGGUUCGGCUUUAUCGAUGAGCUGGACGUGAACGCUGACAAGGGCAUUGUGCUGAUGGACCACUUCCCAGACUCCUUCACCACUCUGCAGGCGCUAAGUGACAGGGACAGAUAGCCAAGCUGCCCCGCACAAGCAGGACGUCUCCUGAAGCCGCACAUCCACGUGUGUUAGGGGCUACAGAAAACUAGCCUGGUAUCCAGCCGUAUUAUAGGCGCUAAGUGACAGGGACAGAUAGCCAAGCUGCUCUGCACAACCAGGACGUCUCCUGAAGCCGCACAUCCACGUGUGUUAGGGGCUACAGAAAACUAGCCUGGUAUCCAGCCGUAUUAUAGGCGCUAAGUGACAGGGACAGAUAGCCAAGCUGCUCUGCACAACCAGGACGUCUCCUGAAGCCGCACAUCCACGUGUGUUAGGGGCUACAGAAAACUAGCCUGGUAUCCAGCCGUAUUAUAGCUCCUGAGUCUCUUCUUUGCGAGGAAAGAGGACUGGAGAACGGGUCUAUGCAAGGGGUGAAGGACAGAAGAGACUUAGGAGCUAAAAUACGGCUGGAUACUAGGCUAAAAGAAGACCUCCUGCUGUCCUAAUGUUGGGGCUAUCAUUACUUAAAGAUAUAUGUUUAAGAAAGUUGACACUAUCGUAAAAUAUCAUGCUUUUAACAUAAGAGUAUGCAUACCUUAGCAAAUUAUCAUACCUAAUGCAUUGUUCAAAUUUCUAUCAAUAGGAACUAGGCAUGCUUCACACAAUGUUACAUGCAAUAAUGUUAUUACAUAGUAUUGAACUUCCUAGAACCAUCUAGGAACCUUCUAGCUUACAUAGCAGGAUUCUUGGCUGGAUUCUUAAUUGGUGUGUGCUGUUUCCUAGAUACAGGCUGGGCGCUAUCAUAAAUGUAAUACAAUCAUAAAACUGAUAUGUAAUCUGGAAAGAUCAAAUGAUAAUCCCCUCCCCACAAAAAAAAAUUCCAGAACGAACCCUGCUAGGAACCCACUCUUUGCGGAAUGACGGAACAAUAUAUACCUGUCACAAGUACCUGUCAGCCUCACUUGGGCUCUUCCUGUGUCCCCGCCCUGGGUGGCAAAUGUCCACAGGUCCCCGUCACCCCACGGGAGUUCCCCAUGAUUUAUCUCCCACCUCUUACAUAGAGACCCAUCAUCAGACCUGGCCCAGAAUACCGCAGGUAUUCAUGAGGCAGUUGAGUGUAAUUGGAAGGAAGACAGCAGAGCAGGAAGGACAAGAGACUAUUUCGUCUUACGUCUCCCCUGGGGGUCAUAGCGGCACUCCCCAGGCUGCCAUUCCAGCAGGUACACACCUUUCUGUUUACCUCUGGAACACCUCAUGUGUCAACACUGGAAUGUGAAGGAAUAAUUUUGCUGGGAGAUGUCACUACAAAUCACCAGGAAAAGAGCAUUGUGUUACAACUUACAUGUAAACUUGUGAAUCAUUUGUAUUAUGGCAGGUAGCAUGGUAUAUGUUGCAACAACAGAAGUAGCCAGAAUACUUUUCCUGUUAUUUUUGAUACAACAACAGAAUAAGCAGUAAUAUUUUUUGGGACACUACUGUACAAAUGUCCAUAAAGUGAAAAGAGCCGUACAGUACAUUAUAUGUAAAUGUGUGACUCAGUUGUAAUCCCUAGAAUAGACAUUACAUUCAUGGCAUUGUUGGCUAAACAGGUAGCAUUAUCUAUGUGACAGUGACAGAAUCAGCAGGAGUACUUUUUUCCUAAACUGUCACUACAUAUCAUAAGAAGAAAGGCCUUGUGUUUUGUGUAAAUAUGUGAACCCUUUGUUGUACUUCCUGCAAUAGAUACAACAUUCAUGGCAA